UUGAUGACUCAAUUUCAUCAAAAAUUGUUAAAAUUGUAGUUAAUCCACUGGUAGGGGGAAGGUUAUUUGGUGCAAAAUGAAGAUAAUACCGUAACAUCGGACCCACUUUGGCUAGGUGGUUACAAAUUUUAUUUAUUGGUAGCCAAAAGUUUCAUCAGCGAGGAUGUCAACCAAUAAAAAUAAAGCAGCUGAUAAUAAAGCAAAGUCAAACAAACAAAAAGCUCAAUACAAACCUAGCAGUAAUGGUAGGAAACCUCAAUCCCCUGCUGGUCAGCCUCCUCCCGUGGUACGAAGACAGUCCCGAGGUGGAUCAGCUGCUCCAAGUCUAGCAACCAUAUCAGAACCAGAAUCAGUACAGUCAGAUGCAUCAGAAAUCUUAGCAAGAGCGAAAUAUGACGUACCAUCUGGUCCAAACGCUCGACUAAACAACCAAAUACGGGAAUAUUUAGAAAAGACCGGAUUAGAUGCUAAUUUUAGAUUGGUGUUGGACAGAUUAUUGAACAGAACGGAUCUACCGUAUAAUCCAUACGCUGGUUUUGUUGUUAGGAUGAGAAAAUUUUCAGAGAGAUUUUAUUUGGAGUCAGAUACAAUAGAGAGGAUAGAAAUGGCUCUUGGUCGUAUGUUGCAAGAAACCAAUAUAUUAAAUCUUUAUACACUGAGAGAGAAUCCAUGUGUGUGGGGAUUAUCCAGUAUUUUACCUACAGUAAAUCCAACAACAUUAUUACAUUAUAAAUGGCUGGUUGAUAACAUCACACCUAAAACAGAAGAAAUACUUGAUGAUGAAGACUACACAGUUCAAGCUAUGGUAGCUCUAGUUGGAACAACGAUAUUUCUAGGAUCCUUCUAUUCCCAGUCUCAUCUGAUACAACUUAGAAUAACGUAUAUCAUAUCUGGUCCUUCAGUUCAACAGGGAGUGCCUUUGUUUAUUAAUAAUAUAAUGAAAGACAUUGAUUCUAUGUACAGAGAUCCAAACCACAGAAUACUAGGUGUAAAUGUACCUGUACGUAUUGGAGAAGGAACCAGAGAAGACUGGAGUCAGGCGUUCUGGGAUCCUGCAGGUAUUCAAGAAGACAAGGGAACAUUUUUACAGUCUGUCAGUGAUGCUGUUAUUGGCAAUAAAUAUAUCUAUGUAGAGUGUGUCUUCAGACUAGAUCCUAAUCAGCUAUCAUAUGUUCGCGGACAAAAACAGUAUGCGUUAAAUUUUAUUGAAGUAAUAGACAGCAUUCAAGAACAGGGUUUGUCCAGUUUUUCCGAGUUUCCGAUGUCAUCUUUACACGAAGGUUUAUUUUUAAAUCAGGCCCAUGCUGAACAUUAUUUCUCAGUGUUUACACCACAGACAGAAGAAGCUGAUAUACAGAAUAUACAUAUAGGAUCAGCUCGUGGUGCCACUAGACAGAGUAGUACCAGAAGACAGUCUAGUGCCAUGGGAGCUGGUGUCAGUGGUCUACAGAAUCACGUCUAUGAACAACUAGAACGAUACAAACCAAAGAAAAUCAGAAUAGAUGGAUUUAAAUUAGGAGACGAUCCAGGAAGUGGGCCUUUUGCCUGGCAGAUUGUCUCCCCUUUAAAAUCACACUUUCAAAGAAGAAUAGCCAAACAGAGUCCAACUGCAGAAUUAUUUGAAACAGUUUAUAGUGCUUUAAUAUUAAUAUUAAUGGACAGGUCGUCUUAUUCUCCGAGUAUUCUGUUUGAAAUUUAUCGGUUAUUACAUGGUACCCCAGGUCGUCUGCAUCUCAUAAUGGAAGAAAAUAAAUCUAUUAGAGCCUUAUUACGGGGUUUUGCUAAUACAGACGAUAUUUAUAUUAUACGAUAUUUUCUAGCCAGAUAUAAAUGUGAUAUAGAAGAAUUGUUAUCCAGUAGUCUACAAGAACGAAGUAAUGAUAUAGUUACAGUCGGUCAAGUUUUAACUGCUCAGAUAGAUGACCUCCUGGCACCGGAUGAUUUCCAUUUUGGUUCUGCAACACAUAUCAUGAAAAUUGUGGGUACUCUACGUAAUAUGAAUUCAUAUUGUCAGACAUUAUCUAUACAAUUAGCUGAAGAUUGUUUAAAAUGGUGUCCGAAAUUAGUUGAGCUUAUUGAGAAAAUGCAGACAACCUUUCCCAAUGAUAUGCAGAGACCUCAGACUAAAUUACGAGAUAGAGGAGAACAAAAAAAAACAGGAAUGAGAGCGUGGGAAACAGAUGAUGUAUAUAAACAUGGUAUUGAAGAAGAGGAUAUAAUUAAACAUGAAACUAGUGUUAUAAAUGUACAGAUGUGUAUAGAACGAGAUACGUCUCCUAAAAUCAUGUCAACAGAAUCUGUUUUAAUGAAGUAUAUGAUUGACAGUCAUCUAGAUGAAACAUGGUAUAAGUUUCUAGUAGAAGUAUAUACAGGGGAUUAUAUACCACCAAAUCCUUACGCCAGAUUAAUUACCAGACUUAGACAAUGUGCUAUGAAAAUGGAUUUAUGUUAUGAACAACCGUCUGCUGUGUUAGAAAGAGUAACAGGAAAUUCACCAAAACUUGUCGAUUCAGAGAAUUUUGUUUACCAAAUUCCUGCUACUGAAAUAUAUGGACCCCUGUCUAUAAUGAAUAUUGUUGAUCCAGAUGCUAUAACCAGUGUAGCACAGAUUGUAGCUAAACAUCUUACGCCUAGAAAUUAUAUACAGAGAAAAGGACCUUAUCGGGUUGGUAUAUGUCCUGGUAUUAGUGGUAAUACAGUAUAUUAUGGUAAAUUACAACCCUAUAUAAUAGAUAUAACUAUAGAGGAACAUUAUUAUAUACAAGGACCUACUGGAUGUGAGGGGGAAGUUAGACAACUCUUUGCUAAAAUAGUACAUAGCCAUGUAAGUGAAUUAAUACAGAGAAAGACCUAUCCUGUACUUGGUGUUUAUAUGGGAGAUGAAGAGAUACGUUGGCCAUGGGAAGAUAUAUUAAACAAAAGACGAGGAUUCUGGACAGAAUUUGAAAUGGUUGUAUCGAGAAAAGAACCUGUCUAUAUGAAGGCGUAUAUUAUAAUGGAUAGAUGGCGAUAUGUUCCUGUCAAGAAAUUUUUCCUCCUACAUUUUCUUAACAACGAUGGAAUGAAUCAAGAACUAUUCUACAAAGAGAAUCCUACAUCAUAUUAUCAUAGUGUGUUUCUUAGUAAAGACAGAUCUGCCUUUCAUUUUCAAAAUGGUGGUCCACCACGUUCAGGCGAUCCGAUGAGUGAACCCAAUAUACGAGCUGUUUGUUUACAUCUUAAUGAAGAAAUGACACGAGCCAAGGAGCACUGUGAUUGGUUGAAAGUUCACAGGUUAUUAUUACUGAAGUCUGUCAUGUAUCAGAGAAGUGAUCAUAUUGUGGAUAGUUGGAGAAUGUUACAUUCUAUGGCUGGUCAAGCGGAAUAUGUCCGUUGUCUGUGUACGUCAUUAAAAGAUCUAACAGUAUAUAAUAUAGAAUAUAUUAAAUGGCUGAAUCUCAUGGAAUCAGAUGUAGGUACCGAAGUCAACAGUUUCGCGAACUCCACCAUUGGUAAAAAGGAACCAUUGGAUAGUACAACACUGAGUAAAAUGACUCGAGCUUUUGAACAGAAGUUAAACGAUGUGUGUGAAUGGAGAAUAUCUAUGGCAGCUGACGAAUUACCUGAAAUAAUUCUCGAUAAAUUAAAAACUGUGACAGAAAAGGACAAACAUUCACAAGAAACGUUUCCAGUCGCAGAUGAAGAGACAUUACAGGUGUUAGAUGAAAUAAACCACAUGAUUAAAGCCAUUCAAGAUACAAUAGCAGGCGACGUUCAUAAUAUCAGUCCCGCAGCAGAAGCAGACAUCGUUUCCGUAGAAACGAAUACAGGAAAUCGACCAAUGAGUGUUGCUUCCACACAAUUAGACAAUCCUAAUCGUUACCAUCAUCCACCUAAGGCCAUUCGAGCCAUGGUUAGUGAAGAUGACUAUUAUCUUUCUAAACCACAUUACAGAUAACACCCAGCAUUAUAUAUAGAUAAAUCCCAGCAUUGCAAAUAACACCCAGCAUUACAGAUAACAUCUAGCAUUAUAGAUAAUACCCCGCAUUACAGAUAACACCCGCAUUACAGAUAACACUUGCAUUACAGAUAUAACACACAGCAUUACAAAUGACACUCAACAUUACAAAUAACUUCCAGCAUUACAGAUAACACUCAGGAUUACAGAUAAUACUUAGUAUUACAGAUAACACCCAACAUUACAGAUGACACCCAACAUUACAGAUAACACUCAGGAUUACAGAUAAUACUUAGUAUUACAGAUAACACCCAGCAUUACAAAUAACACCCAGGAUCACACAUCUAGCAUUGCAGAUAAUAUCUAGCAUUCCAGAUAACAGGCAGCAUUUCAGAUAACCCUAGCAUUACAGUUAGCAUCAAGCAUUACAGAUAACUCCCUGAAAACACUCAUCAUUACAAAUAACACCCAGGACAACACUUGGCAUUACAGAUAUUAUCCAGCAUUACAAAUGACACCCAGGAUAACACUCAGCAUUACAGAUAAUACCCAGCAUUACAGAUAACACCCAGGAUAACACUCGGCCAAACAAUCCUUACCAUUUUCACCAUCCAUCUUGUGGCAUCAGUGCUUGAGAUUUAGAUGUUUGGAGUGACAAUCUCAGUAACCCUUAUCCUUUUUAUCAUCCAUUUUAGAUUCAGAUGUAUUAAGUGACAUGUUUGACAUCUAACAACAAAGUAAUAUUUUCUCAAAUACAUUGAGAUCUAAUGCAGUUAUAUCUCUUUAAAUUUAGACAUCUAUGGAGUAACAUCUUUGCCAAAAAUAAUGACACAAGUAACAUGUGCUAUUCCAUACAUUUAGGUCUAAUGCAGUUAAAUCCCUUUAAAUUUAGAUCUAUGGAGUAUUAUCUUUGCCAAAAAUAAUGACUUAAGCAACUGAACCAUGUGACAUUUUGUCGGAUGUGCUAUUCCAUACAUUUAGAUCUAAUGCAGUGAAAUGUCUAAUACAAUACCACAUCCCCCAUGUUCCUGGUCAUUUGCAUUCAGAUUACAAAAGUUCAAACUAGCAUUAUUUAAGCAUCUAAAUAGCGCAUUAGUUUAGUGUUUGAAUGAUUACUUCCUGAUAGUAUAACUAAAUAACGAUCAUGAAUAUAACAAUAUCCUGGGCAAAUGUCUGUCAUGUACAUGGCAGGAAUCAAAAGCACUAAAGCACAUGCAUCAAACCACUUGGCUACCCAACCCAACCCCCAUCAUCCCUUUUGAAGACAUAUAUUUGUCAUGUACAUGCCUUGAAUCGAAUCUACACCACUUUACUAAGUACAGUCCGGUAUGAUCUAAAGCGCAUGUGUCCGUCCCCUGUCCCCCACCUUAACUUUGAAAAGAAAAUGUUAAAACCAGUUUCCUGUGUGUAUAUUAAUUUUAUUGGUCCAGAUAAUGUCAAUAUACAUUUCUCUUGAAAUCCUUAAACGGCAUUUAGUAAUUAAACAUAUAAUAUAAAAACACAAAUUUAUAUGGAAAACAAUCACCGAGUUCAUUUCACACUACGUUUCAACAAGUUCCUCUUGUCAAUUCUCUUUUACAUAUAUCUCUUGUAAAUUAUAUUUUAUAGAAUUACAUGUAUUUAUUAAACAUGCAUUAUGCAAGAGCUAAAUCUGCCUAUUGCAGGUCUUUCUUUAGGCCUGAAAUGUUAUAUAAACUAUUAAUUAGACAUUAAUUAACGUAUCCAGACCAUAAUCAACUCUCGAUGUCGACGCUAGCCUGCGAUAAUUGUUGGAUUAUGAUCUGAUUUGCUGCAUAACUUUCCUUCUCGAUUUAACGAUUAAAUGGAUAAUGAUUUUUGUUGUACCGACUUUAGAAAUGAUGACCGAGGCUAUGCGGAACUUUGAUCGCUUAUUUCUCGGUUCAUAGUGGAUCAAUUUGACUGAAAUUUUCAGCAAAUUGCCUUUACAUUAUCUAGUUUUUAACUAUUAUAGUGAGAACUGCCAACUUGUUAUCUAAUUUCCCAUAAUGUAUCUUUAAUUAUUAGUAUUAAUUACACUUGUUAUUCAUUAGUUAGUCAUGUAUUAAUUAGUUAUUACAUGUAUUAAAGAUCCAUUAUGUAAGAUUUAGAUAAAGAGUUGACCGUUCUUGCUAUAAUAGUUCAAAAAUAGAUAAUGUAAAAUAAAAAUAUUGAAAAUUUCAAUCAAAUUACUUUAUUCUGAGACAAGUUUCCACCGUUUGUAGUUUUGACAAGAUGUGUGCAUAGUGGUAACCAGGGCACUUGUAUAUUCGCGACUUAGCCUCGCUUUCCCAUUUUUAAAUUAAAUUUUUAAAUGGCGAACUGUUCUGAUCUAGUUAAAAUCUUGAGUAUCCGAUGCCAUCGAGAGUUGAUUAUAGUCUUGUUUUAUUAAUAAAUAUCUAAUUAAUAAUUUAGAUAACAUUUAUUGCCUAAAGAGAGAGAGAGAGAGAGAAAUGGGGUUUAACGUCCACUCGACACAAACUAGGUCAUUUCGGGACUAACACACAGUUUAAUUUUGUUAUUUCAAUAAUUCGCUUGCGCGUAGGGGUCUUUAGCAGUGGGAGGAAACCAGAGGACCCGGAGAAAAGCCACGAGGUUGUAUUGCCUAAAGAAAGACUUGCAAUAGACAGAUUUAGCUCUUGCAUAAUGUAUAUAUGUUUAAUUAAACUUGUUAUUCCAUGUAUUAAUUAGUUAUUAGUAUGAAGUCCUACUGAUCACCGACAAGAACAGAUAUUUCAAUUAUCCAUAAUUUUGUCAUCCAGAUUUUCCGACGUGGUUUCCCCUUGUCAGUGAUGCAGGACGGAGGGCCUGACAAGGACAGCUGUCUAGUCCUUCGGAUGAGACGAAAAACCGAGGUCCCGUGUAAACAUUGGAAUGCACGUAAAAGAUCCCUUGGCAGUUGGAAUCCGAUAUAAGAGUAGGCGAUAGUGCCGCUGCCCGGGCAAAAUUUCCCUCAUAGCACACUGUAUGGCGUAUGCCCGUCUUCAUUAGCCCAGUAUAGGAGCAGAACAGUAGGACGUUAAACCCCAUUUCAUUUCAUUUCAUUUCCAUAAUUUUGUCAAUAUCUAUUUACAACCGGAGGACCUGGAGAAAACCCACGAGGUUGGACAGGCGACCCUACUCCUUGUCACAUCAAAGCGGGGGAAUCGAAACCACACCACUUGACUCAAUGACAUAUUUUUCCUUUUCGGUCUCUUCUUGCAAUACCUGGUGGGGGGGGGGGUUCUUUAGCAGUGCAAGGAAACUGGAGAAAACCCACCAGGUUGGACAGGCGACCCUAGUCCUUGUCACGAACAACCGGGGAAUCUAGUUGACUCACUCAAGGACAGACCUUAUGAUACAGCACGCACGCGCUAACCAUUCAGCCAUCCAACCCCCGGAAUCAAUAAAGAAGAAAGAAAGCUUGUUGGUGAUUAGUAGGGUGGGUAAUUUGUUAUUUUAUACUUUGUUACUUUUUAUACUUUCUCUUAUUUUACCCUGAUUAUUUUAUUGUUAUAGAUUUUUUUAUUGGUCUUAGUAAAUAAAUAAAACUAUUGUCAAA